GACUGAAAGAAGUUGAAUUCGCUUUUUUUUCUUAAUGUAUGAUCAACCAUCAAAUUUUGACCCCAAAAGAAAGUCUUUAGCUUCAAGAAAAGGAUCAGCAGCUAUGGAAUAUACGGAUUUUCACAAUGGACGAAUAGUCAGAAGGAGAAUAAUGGAGGCAAAAGGUGGUGCACAAGUGAGGCGACUUCAAAUACUAUACUUUCUAAGUCGAAACGGUCGCCACGAACAUCCUCAUCUUAUUCGAAUCCAUCAUCUCUCCAAUAAUGGUGUUCGACUCAGAGACAUCAAGAGAUGGUUGGGAGAAUUGCGAGGAAAAAACAUGCCAGAAUCAUUUGCUUGGUCUUACAAGAGGACAUACAAGGCAGGCUACGUAUGGCAAGACAUACUAGAUGACGACCUAGUUACUCCCAUCUCAGACAAUGAAUAUGUCAUCAAAGGCUCUGAGAUUCUCUUCACUAAUCACAACAUAGAAAUCUCAACACAUAGGCAAAAAGAGGGAACACCACUUCAAGAUUCAUCAAAAGAUAUGCAAAUAGCAUCACCCACUGACAUCAUCCAUUCAUCAGACAGCUCUAACUAUGCCUCAUCAAAAACACCAAGCUUUGGAUCACAAACAUCCACCUCAGCUGAUGAUUCAGUGAACCACAUACUAGAAGAAAGCUCUCACAGAUCCAACCGGGAAUCUGUAUCGAACCAAAAGAAGAGGAAGACUAACAAACUCGAGAUCAUCAGCAUCAAGGGCAUUCGUAAAAAAGCUGCCACAUCCGAUAAACCCCAUCACAGAAAGAGCCGUUCUGGUGGUCUAUUCCGGAAUUUCAUCAGCUGUGGUGGCGUAGAUACAAAUGACUCAGUCGUGGUCAUGGCCAGCCAGUGGUAUAAGCCACUCUUGAAGACGUGCUCAGGUAACUCAGCAGACGGGGUGAGGGAUCCUGCCAAGGAGAAGCCUCAUGUUGCUUGGCCACUCUACGGGCCUAACUGCUCGCAAUGUGGGAAGACAUUUAAACCGGAGAAACUGCAAUCACAUAUGAACUCCUGCAAGGGGAUGAAAGCCUUGGCCAAGGCUUCUACUCAGAAUAUAUCAAAGAAAUCAACAUCAUCCAGAAACGAAGACUCAGUGUCUGCAUAUCUACCUACUCACAAAAGUUAGAACUCUUCUACUACAGAGUCCAUUCUUCUAG